AUGCCUCCUCGCCAGUGGAUCGACAAGAAAAACGCGAGCACUUUCCAGCUCUUUCACCGCUCUCAGCAUGAUCCAUUAAUUCACGACCCCCAAGCGGACGAUCGAGUCCUUCACCAAGUCUCUGGUCCUGCUCCUGUGCCUUCUGGUGCAUCAACGACCUCGCAAAAACCGUCCCGAAACCUCUCUCAACUUCAGAAUGAAUUUGACAGUGAGCGCAUUCGCCAGAACGAGGGCGAGGCAGCCAACUACGGCGUUUACUAUGACGAUUCUCAAUAUGAUUACAUGCAGCAUCUGCGCGAACUUGGUACGGGCAGUGGAGACUCAUACUUCGUGGAGGCGAAGGCUCCCAAGGGAAAGACCAAGGCUAAGGGCAUGAAACUCGAAGAUGCCCUACGUCAGGUCUCCUUGGACGACUCGCAAAGUGCCCACGGUAGCCAGAGUCUUUACGGUUCGGAGUAUGGCGAUAUGCGCUCGACCGUGUCCUCAUAUGUUCGGAAGCCGACCUACCAGGAUCAGCAGAAUGUUCCCGAUGCAAUUGCUGGAUUCCAACCCGACAUGGACCCCCGUUUGCGCGAGGCUCUUGAAGCUCUGGAAGACGAAGCAUUCGUCGAUGACGACGACGAUGAUAUAUUUGGUGAGCUGACGAAGGGCGGAGAGGAACUGGAUCAGGGCGACUGGGAAGAUACGCUCUUCGAUCAUGAUGAGGAUGACGAUGGAUGGGAAUCGGAUGCUACAGAGAAGGCUCCUGUUCAGACACAUACCACAGAAGCUCAGCGAUACACAAAUGCUGAGGCCGCGUCUGAGCAAAGUGUCACCAAUGACUUGGCCCCUGGUGAAAUGCCUGAGCAUGAUAUUCCCGCUCCAGAUAUGCAACCAGCGGAUCAAGGAUGGAUGCACGAAUUCGCCAAGUUCAAGAAGGACGCCAAAGCUGGCAAGACGGCCGGUCCUGCUGCGCCAACAAUUGCGCCAUCCGAACAACGUACUCUUGCGUCUACUGUCUUUACUGCUGGUGGUACCCCUAUUCGUCGGAAGAAGCGCAAGGGUGCUUUGACCAAUCCCUCGGCAUAUUCAAUGACUUCUUCCUCGUUGGCGCGUACCGAUGGCCACCGGCUGUUGGACGAUCGCUUCGAACGGGUUGAGGCUCUGUACUCUCUCGAUGAGGAAGAUGAAUAUGACGAUAGCAUGUCCAUGGUCAGCGGUAUGACCGGUGCUACAGGUAUGACAGGCAUGUCCACCGCUUCGUCUCAGGCACCCAGCUUGGUUGAUGGCAACGGCGCGGCUGUUUCUCGCAGCGAUUUCCACAAUGUCAUGGAUGACUUCCUUGCCAGCUGGGAUGACAACACUAGCGCCCAGGCCAAACGCAAGGGAGCCAAGAACAAGCGUGGCAAGAACGGCAACGAGGCUAUCGGCAUUCGUAUGCUGGACGAAGUGCGCUCAGGUCUCGGGCCGGCUCGCUUUUCGGGCGCCUCUGGCAAAGUCCCCGGGAGAGCCUAG